GUUGUUGUUGCUGGCUGUGAUGGGCUGAAGUCAUAAGCUAAUUGCCAAAUGCGAAUGUUCUCGGAAGUUGGCCGCGACUGUUUCUGUCAUCGGUCGCAAAACACCGUUACCGCUGCUUUCAUGUCGCCGCGGCGUCUGUCAUUACAAUCGCCCACCCCCUCGGCGCUCGCUCUCUCCGCCUCCCCGCUCUGCUGUCUCUCUCGCCCCCGCUUGGCAUUAAUCUAUUUUUAGCAGCAUUUCCAAUUGGAAGACUCUUGAUUUGACCUUUGCUGUGCCCAAAGCAGAGCUUUUUAACUGUAACUACUUGGCAGAGCCGAAAAAGUCGCUGCCUGCUCGAGUGUGUGGGUGGGUGGAAGUGUCUGCAUAUGAAAAAAUCGAUGCCAGACUCCCUGCAGAAACUUCAUUCAGAAAGGAAGGAACGGAAUGGAAAGGCAAGGAGAGUGGCAGCAGAAGAAGAAGCAGGAGAGAAGGAGCUGAAGCCAAAGCAGCGCCGCCGACAGCAGUAAAUUUACAGCUAGACAAAGUAGCCCCCUGUGUGCGUGCGUGUGGGUGGACUGUAACGGUAACUGUGAUCCACAGACAGUCGCCGAUAAUACCGGAAAUGAAUUUUUCCGUAUUAGAAACUUAAAUACUGCAAACUUUUAUUAUCGCAGCCCGCAUCCGUUCGGAUCGGCUUUUUAGGCCAACCAAGUUGCAGUGGCAAAAAGUUUUUGUUUAGCCACGGGCAAAAAAACGUGUUUAUAUAUAGCCAGUAGUACAAAGAGUGUGCGUGAGUGUGUGUGCGAGGGGGAGGCGGGCCGGAAUGGUGUGUGAAUGCGCCUGACUCGCAACUCAACUCAACUCGAACUCCUCUCAGCGGGACCCCAAAGUGUAUAGAAAAUAUGAAUGAAGACAGGGCAGAGUGCGAAUAGUGUGCUCCCACACUCCGCUCUCCUCUCCGUUCUCACGCCGCCGUUGUUGUCCCCAUCUCCAUCUGCUCCUGGUACCCCCUCACCCCCCCCCCCCCCCUCUUCUCGCACCUCCACACACUCACAUUCCCCAAAUUCUCUCCCCAAAAGAGAUGCGAAAAAUCAAUGCACAAAAAUCUCUUGUUGAACAGUUUUUAAUUGCCCGGAGUGCGCGUGUGUUUACUUUUUUUGCCUUCUGUUUUCGCCGUAAAUGAAAAAUUAAUCAGCCUCGACUUUCCCGAUGACGAAUUUAAUGACCUGAAACAGAAGCAGCGCGUGAGGAGCAGCAGCACAGUGGAAAACCGCCAAUCACUUUCACAGAUUGCCUAGAUGAAAAUUGAGGCAGCCGACAACAAAGCCACGCCGGCAGCGACGUCGACGUCUCUGUGGGCGCACUGAUUACAUUUCCAUAAUCAACGAAGUAUCUCAAAAUCUCCACAUCCACACAUCGACACAUCGACAUCCACAAGAAGCAGUCGCCCUCGAUGGUUCCAAUGAGCAUCAUCAUCGUCUUCGCAUAAUGGCAGCGGCACCUGAAUCGUGUGGAGCACGCGAUUCCAGCGAACCGGCGACCGAGGGGCCGUUCGACGCGGAGGAGGAGGUGCGGGGGCGGUCCCAGGCGGCCAUGACGGACUCGCAGCGCCCACUGGACUCCCUGGAGGCGGAGACGGAGGCGGAAGCGGAGGCAGUCCAAGAUCCAGAUACAGAUGCAGAUGCUGCCGCUGCCGCUGCUGGAGUUGACCAACAAAGGCAAAACGAUGAUCAACUGCAGCUGCAGUCGCUGGAGCCCAUCUCCUUGGAUGACAUACCUGAGCCCAUCAAAGUCCUCGACGAGAUCAUAUCGGAGUUCGAGGAGGCAGCAACGAAACCGGUGGCCUUGCACAGCAACAGUGGCGAGAAUCAGUCGGAGGACGAUGGCUACAUGAGCCUGAGUCGCAAAAACAUGUCCAAAAAGGACUCGGAAGACGUGCCCCAAACACCCAGCACCGACACGGUGCCCGAGGGAAGUUUCAACGAGGUGGAUGGCACAGCCGAGAAUCUAACCAAGUUAUCGGAGGUGGAACACGGACAGGAAACUACGACGCCCCUCAUCCAGACAACGCUGCCAAAGGCACGGGGCACCAGCUCGACUCCGGCCACCAACUCGAACUACUCGAGUCUGCCGUGCUGCGGGGCCAGGGCCUCCAAUUUGGGCGGAGCUUCCGCUGCCAACUCCUCAAGCGGAUUGGCGGCCAUCCGGCACCCGGGCAGCUGCAACGGUGGACGCAACGCACUGGGCAUCGACAUUAGCGCCGUGCACAAUGCAGUGCUCCGUGGCAAUCUGGCCAGGCUGCCGGAGCCCUUCGCCAACGAACAUCCGGUGACCAUCUACCCGGGCCCGUCCUCCAAGGCGGCCGGGGGAGAGGGUGCCCGGAGCAAGCGGCUGCUCAGCUCGGUGGAGAAGCACAAGGAGGUGUGCCAUAUGCUCAAUCCUCACUCCAGCAGCUCCACCACCUCCUCGUCCGGCUCACAGCACACGUCCAGCGGCGAGGCCUCGCCAGCUGCCUCCCACGUCAAUGUGGCUUCGUCAAAGCAGGCUAGCCGGGAUGAGGACUACUCGGAGGACUCGCUGGAGGAGUCCACCAUCUCCACAGACCUUACGCCCGUCAAGCAGAACGGCGUGGCCUGGGAGAUUCACUUCAAGAGCAAUAAGAAGAAGUCCAAUAGCAGCAAAAAGACCUCUGGUGCAUCCAAAAAGGUAAGCAUAAAUAUAUUCUUUAUAACCUUUACUUACCUAUUUAUUAUGCUUGUAUCCCGCAAACAGAAGGCCAACAACUUGGACGACUUCAACAACAGCUUCGUGUACAACGAGCAGAGCAUGCUGGGCAAGGGCACCUUCAUCAUCCGCCGUUCCACAGCCAAAAAACCCCCUCGUGCCGCAGACGUCUUUAGUAUACCAAAGCCGCCGCGACCCUCGUUAUCCGAGCGAUCGGUUUCUGGAUCCGGAUCUGGCUGUAAAGUGGGUGCCGGAGCAAUCAGUAAUGAGUUCUACACCAGCGACAGCGAGCAGAGCGAUGCCACGCCUCUACCACUUCCUCCACCUCCGCCCGCCACGUCCGAGAUGAACUUCGUGUACAAGGAGUGCGAGGCCAAUGCGGCGCAGACACGCCGCGGACUGGAGAUGGCCGCCGCACAUCGGGCGGCUCUAUCGCUGGACAUCGCCGAGGCCCCCGACCAGCUGGGCCACUGCAAACCGGUGAAGAGCAAGACGGCGAUGCUGACCGAGAAGCGGCUGAGCGCCGAGUCCAUGCCGGACAACACCUCCAGCAGCGAGGAGUUCGACGAGGCACGUCUCAACGGAAACGGAAGCUAUGAGCUGUACUCCUACAACGGAAGUGAACAACGCGUUUCCAAUGCCACCACUCCCCACACGGAUCUGGCACCCACUUUGGAGGAGGACGAAGAGCUGUCCGACUUUAGCUACGGGUGUGCUCCGCUCAUGCAAAUCGAGCAUAACAUCAGCGCUUUGCUGCGUGGCGACAUUCCAGUUGUGGGUCAGCCGGCGGGCUGCAAUGGCGGCGGAUCCGCCGGUAUGUCAGCUGCAGCAACAGCAGCCGAGCUGCAUGCCAAGCGGAUACUAGAGUUCCGGCCAGGCGUUCACAAGUCCGAGAGUGCCAAGGAGAUGCUGCUGUCGCAGAUGCCCAGCUUGGGUCCACUGCCUCCAUCACCGCCCAGCUCCAAUCCGGAUCUGUUCGACUACGAUGCCCCGCUGCCGCCAUCACCGAUAGAGCCGCGCAAGCAGCUAGAGCUGCCUGCCGCGGUAGUGGCCAGUGCCCCGCCGGCGAACCGCGGAACCACUGUAGUGGAGGUGCAUGCCACAGCCUCCGGAGCUGCGGUGCACAGCAGCAACAGCCACACGCGCCGCAGUCGCGACAACGUGGCCGCCGUGCGUCACUUCACCGACGAGCUGCCCCCGCCACCGGCGCCUGCCCACCAAGCCAGCAGUUUCCUGGAGGGCCUGCCCGGACCGCCAAUGGUGCCACCCCAUCGGGCCACCGGAGGCCACUCGGCCAACACCAUGAAGUCCUGGAGCAUUGACUCGCAGUAUCGCAAGCGAUCGCCCAAGCUGUUUGGCCACUACAGCAGCGGUGGCGGCAGUGGAAUAACCACACCCACCGGGCUGGGACCGAUGCCUCCACUGCCACCGCCCCCGCUCGAUGGGAUGGCUCCGGGCGGAUCCGGGUCCUAUCAACGACGGUACAUCAAUUACGGCACCAAGCGCAGCCUGAAGCAGUCGCCGCGCGAGGAGCACCGUCUGCAAACCUCAUGUAGUCUUCCUGAAACGCCAAUUUUUGCCAGAGGCUGUGACAUACCACGUACGCCAUAUCGACGCCAAAAUGAGCCGUUGCCUGUGGUCAGCGGAUCCCGCACAGCUCCCAGGUCCAGCACAUCGAACAGCAUCAACAUGGGCACCUCAAUUAUUGGGAUUGGAGCCGGUAAUUAUGGAACGGCCCAAAUCUGCCGCCAGCGCUCGAUCAACCAUGCCUUGGCAUCCAAUGAGAUGCUACGCAUGACCGGAGCUCCGGCUCGUGGAUGGUACCCCAAGCAGCGGGGCAUGCGCCCAGUUUCCACCGAGAACAUAGACCGCCUGGCCUCCGUGCGGGUGUGGGACAAUCCGGCUGGCAUGUCGGGCACCGGACAAUCUCGCAAGCCACUAACGCUGCCACCAAAUCUCACGCCUUCCUUCCUAAACAAAUCACCCCGCGAGGCGCUGCGUCGAGUCACUAGUUUGCUGAUUACCAAAAAGAAGAACAGCAAGGAUCGGAAACAUAAGGCCUAUUGCGAUCAGCUCAUGGAUGAUAACAACAGCAAGCAUGCCUAUGAAUUUGAGACGGGUUCAACCAAGCGAAAGGAUACCACCAGUCGCAAGGACAAGGACAACGCAGCCUCGGGAGUGACCACCAAUGCCAAGCCCAAGAAGAAGGGCCUCUUCAAGUCCCUUUGGAAGCGCUCGAAAACCGCCUCGCUGGAUCAGUAGAGAACUCCUCGCCGGCAAGCCUAAGCACUGCCCCAGUUUUAUGUACUUCAUAAGCGUAUGAUAGCAUCGAAAAUGAUAAUAACCCUGCACCUACACUCACGUUUAUCGGGUCGCAUGCUGAGAGUUGGCCUGUGCGCCCACCCCUAACCCCACACCCACCCACACUCACCUGCUCAUCCGAUCAGCAAACUUUCUCACGCUCGUGUUCGUUCACCUUGGAAACAAUUGAAGCAAUUUUGUAUACACAUCGUAUCGUAUAUAUCGGUCAUAUAGUAAUGAGAAAACUGAAGAAUUCAAAUGCACAAAAGCCGUGAAUCGUAAAGACUGAAAAUGAAAAAGCGUAAACAAAGAAAAUUUAAGCGAAAACGAAAAUAUAAUGAAAGACAAUGAAAUCAACUGAACAUAUGCAAAACAGUAUUCCACUCUUACAAACUGAAGAAAAUGAAAGCAGUUGUACGGAUCGCACGGCUAUACCAGGUGUAUUAUGAUGCAUGCGCAGUGCCCCGACCUUGAACUUGCCAAAAACAGACAUUUUCGGAACUCUUCUAUGGCCGUACAACCGAAAACCUAACCAAAUACACGCAACUUGGGCGCAGCAAGAAAUUUACAACUUAUACAAGCACUGAAUUUAUAUAAACGUAUAUAGAUACGAGCGCUAUAUAUAUAGUUUGGACUAUAACUGAACCGUUUAGGGUUCUAGGCAGCAUUUCUUACUUUACGACGAUGGUUUAGGUACUUUUGUGUAGCGGAUAAAUAAGUUUAGGUUCGAUGACUAUUUUCCACUUUUCCUGAGUUGGUAAGGGACUUAAAGGGAACUGGAAUACGGGCACAGAUUGGAGACGAGUCUUGUUGAUUUCAGAAAGUAUCUCUUGGAUUGCAAUCCUUGGCGUUGCCCACAAAGCCAACUCUUUAUAUCUCGAAUAAAAACCCAUUCGCAAUAAUAAACAUGAAUGCAAAAUCUCACAAUACGUGUUACAUUUCCAAAAAACUGAAAAAGAAUGAAGUUAAGCCCUCCACGUUUGAAAAAAAGAAUUUUGAUAAUAACCAGUUUGAAAUUGAUUUAAUCCAUAUAAUCUUAAAAACGCAAUUUAAUGCUCAAGACGAUUUUACCAGAGAAAGCAUUUCUCAACUUUUGAGCGCGAAGAAAGUUGGUAGUUGGAGAAGAAAACUGCAAUACGAAACAACAAAACUGUAAACGUUUACUAGUCAUUUAAUAUUAAAAAAAUAAAAACAGAAUGAUAUAUGGCAGAUAACAUAUUUUUUAUUAACACUCACUGAGACGCCAAGAAAGAAAAUAUUGGCAGCAUUUUAUGAGCAGGAGCUGGCCCCCAGAGCAAGUUGAAAGUAUUAUUAACGAUUUAUAUUAUAUGCUAUAGCAAGUUGGUAUUUAUUAUAAUUAAUGACAUAUGUACAAUUAUUUGAAUUAACAUUAUUGAAUAUAUUUUUUAGAAAAGUAGCAUGAAACGAAAUAAAAUUAUUAAAACAGAAAUAAUCCAUGGCCCGUGUACUUUAUAUAUAGAUAUAUAUCUAUUCAAAUUGGAUCCUUUGGCAAAGGCGAAACUUAAGUGGUUAUUGAACACAACAAAAUAUAACAUUAAAGUCGACUUUAAGAAUUACUGGGCAUCAUGAAAAACAAUAAAACAAAACAAUAAAACAAACAUUCGAGAACUGGAUGUACAUUUUAUUUUUUAAAUUAACGGCGAAUAAAGUAAUAACCCAAUUAGUGUGUUUUUUCAAUAGCCUACAAAAUAAAUCUCACGCAUUUUGGAAGUGUCUUCCUUUAAAAUUUUUGCGCACUAGCAAGUUCUGGGAUUCCAUUCACAGUUUCCAAUUCAAAUGACAAAUUACAAUAAAAUACGAACAGAUCUAUAAAGUUUGCACUUUAGCAAAAGACGCAGGCAGCAGUAAACAGGAAAAGUUGGUAUAUAAUUUUUUAGCAAGAAAAAUAAAUUUUAAAUAUUUAAAUGAAACAACUGUAUAUGAGGGUAAAUAAUAUGAAAUAAAAAUAACAUUAAAGUGAUUUUCAGAA